AUGGCGUCUGCUAAAAAGGCAUCGGGCAAUACAAAAGCAUCAAGUCAAACAAAAGGUGGUUCACCAUCAAAAUCACGAUCAUCACAAAAUAAUAAUUCACCAAAUAAAAAUCAAUCAAAUUCACCAAAAAAAACUAAUACAAAUAAUAAAAAUCGACGAGCUGGUACUACAACAUCAAGUCAUCCAACUUAUCAACGUAUGGUUACCGAAGCACUUCAAACACUCAAUUCCCGAUCAGGUUCAAGUCGAUCAAAAAUUAUGAACCAUAUCAGAAGUUCUUAUGGAAUCAACAGUGGUAAAAUUGCUAAUAGUCAUCUUCGUUCUGCACUUGAAGCACUUCUUGAAGAUAGUGUUAUUUCACUUGCUAAAGGUACGGGAUAUAGCAAUGGUUAUUAUAGAAUAAGUGCUAAAGGCAAAAAAGCAAGUACUAAAAAAUCAUCAUCAUCAUCAUCUAAAAAAACAAGUGGACGACGAUCAUCAUCUGCAUCAUCUGCAUCUCGUUCAAGAUCUCGAAAACGAAGUCAAUCUGGUGAUCGUCGCCGUAGUAGUACCAAUUCAAAUAGUCAAUCACGAUCACGAUCACCCAGUAAAUCUAAAAAAUCCGAUGGUCGUAAAAAUAAUAAACCACCAC